GAGAACUGGCGGCUCACCUCUGGCUGGUGCAGGGAGACGGCACGACGGGCUUGGAACGUCCUUGGGGACGAAAGCCAGGAAAUGCUCCCGAAAGUAAUUAAUUAGAAAAGUCAGAGCUUGUUGAAGGACACAGGGCACAGCCUGAAGGUGCUGCGGGAGGGACCCUGAGAGCAGCCAGCCGUGCGGUGACGGCUCCGGACUCUAGCCCGCGGGGUCAAACCCACGUGCUUGCGAUCGUGCCGAGGGGACAAGUGAAGACAUCAGUGGACACCUCUUCGUUCAGAAGGGCGUCGGUCAGCCAAUAGUUGUGGGCGUGGGAGACAGCGAGCCAGCAAAGCCACAGAAGCCAUGACCACUGGGGGACACCAAUCCCUGGGGGACAGUGUGUGGAGACUCGGGGCUUGUGCCCCAAGAGGACCGUGGGCUUCAGCGUGAGACUUGACAGCCAGUCACCCGGACCCGAGGCCGACCCCUUGGGACCUCUCUCCCUGGCUCUCCAGCGGUCCAGUCACGAUGACAGCGUGACCCCACAGGUGCUAGGACACAUGCUGAACGGGCGCCACAGCAGGGGGCGGGGGAGGCCACACGCAUGUGGGUCAAGGCCCACACAGCCCUCUGGAGCCAUGUGAUCUGGGCGGCUCCUCAGGUUUACACAAGGCCCGGGAGCCCUCACGUGCACGGUGCGGCCGGGCCCUUCUCUGGGGCGGGGGGGCGGCCUGAGCACGGUGGGUGCUGCGCAGCACAGCACCCCAGGCGACACACAGCACCGUCCCCCAGAGAGCCCCUCCUUCUAAGGGACAGGUCAGGUGGUCAGCAGGAUUCAGGAGUCUUCUGGGUGGGCAGUCAGCUGGGUGAGAUGCUAAACGAGCACUUUGGCCGGGCCAGUCUGUGUCUGGGGCUGUCCUGCUGCGCCCUCUCCGGGAAGAGGUGGGAGCCAGAGCACGUUUGCUACAGAAGUUCCCAGGCCCAGUGGCCGCUCUGGAACAAAGGCCGCUGGAAAGGGAAGCCUGUGCUGAGACAGCGUCCAGCAGCUGGGCCAGGCAGGGCACGGAGUGACCCGGACGGCACCACGGCUGUGGCUGCUGCACCCUUCCCAAUCCUGUCCAGCAGGGGACCCGCUGUCGUGGUCCUGCACUGCAGGCCAGGCCAGGGCAGAAGCGGGAUGGCGGGUAGGCAGGGGCCUCCGAGGCUGGACACAGAAGCGGUCGGGCUGUGCUCGUCCACGAGUCCCUCCUCUGUGCGCUGCGGCGGGUUCUCUGGAGGAGCACCAGAGCACGGCCCAGAGGCUGGGUCAUCCGAACAGGUGAGGAGGCCACUGGGCAUGACGGUCCGACGCAGUGCUCAGAGGAAGGUACAGGGAAAACCAUGCCCGUCCCCCACUCUGCAGCCCUGGGCAAACAGGAGGCAAGAGGGCUUACGGGCUGGAGCCGAUGACCUGGGGGCACCACCCAGGGCUCAAACACGGGCUCCUGCAUGGGCACGUCGGCGGGGGGGCAGCCCCUGGGGCCCUGAGAAGCCCAAAUCCCCAGCCAGCUGGGGCGGACGCGGCUGCCGCCGGUGGCCGUCUGCGGAAGCAGGAGCGAGGGUGGCGGGAGAUUCUUCCCUGCUCGUGCGGCCACCACGGCUUGGGCCGGUGACUCCCUGGGAGCUCAGAGUCUAACAGGCCUGUUCAUUCAUCAAGGCGAUGGGACCCAGGACCGUGAGAACUUGCCCAGAUUCGAGACGUAGCUGCCUGGGGGGCUGAGAGGGUCUGGCAGAGCGUGUGUGCAGGGGGACCAGGGGCCAGGACAGGGGGAGACAUGGCGAACAGGCCAGGCGUCCCCAGCAGGCGCCCCGGCCACUUGCUGGCUGUGGCCCUGGGCAUCCCUGGCUGAGUCUCAAACUUCCAAUGCGUGGGCCCGCCCGGUUCUCCGGCUGGCCCGGGCAGAUCCCUGGACACGCCGUCACGUGUGUGAGCAGGCGGCGGAGGGGUAGCAGGGUACGAGAAACCCAGAGCAAGGCCACUUUGGGCACCGUCUGCCAUGCUCAGCUUGGGGAGGGUCCCGAGCUCUUCCUCCCCCAGCGGGAGGCCCCUCUCUUCCCCAAGCUUGUGCAGGACCCAAGGGUUGCGGGUAUGACUUGUGCCUUCCUCCCCCGUCAUUCUGGACUGUCAGCCCAGACUGCUCGUCCUGCCUUUUCCAGGAUCACACGUCACGCCGCGGCAUGCCGGCACCCCAGAGCACCAGAGCAGCCAUGGGGCAAGGCUCAGGCUGGCUUCACACGUCCCGCCGUGGAACCUGGAGCAUUUCUCAUCACUCCUGGGAGCCGGUGUGAGGUUCUCAAGAACCCAUCCAAGUUCACAUCCGUUGCUGGAGUGCCACACGGUGACUUAGAGGGACCCCUGCCCGACGGACGGUCCAGACACCACGUGGCUGAAAACGCUCCCUGCUUCUCCAGAGAACGGGCAGCGCCCGCAGGGGCAGCGGGCACCUGCUGCAGGGGAGGGGCCCCAGGACAGCGAGGGUGAGGGCAGGGGCGAGGAAGAACCGAGAAGGUACUGUUGGGGGCGUCACAAGUCGUCGGAUACCGAGGCAUGAACGCGAUGCCGGCACGAGACGCGCACGCGGAGAACCGGACCGCUGCCAAACUGACCACUGCCGAACCGGACCGCUGCCGAGCCGGACGCUGCCGAGGGACUCGGCGGAGCCAGGCACGCUGAGGGCUUUGUCCAGACCCGGGCAUGGAGCUCGAGGACCCGCGCAGGUUCUCGAGGGAGAGGAGCGUCAUCUGCUGUUCUCAAGGACCCUUUCUACCGCGCUCGGACUCCUGGUUCCUAGCCAGCUGAGGGUGACCCCUGGCCUCUGACCUCUGGGGAGCCAAACACCAAUGGCCAGUGACUGGGUUCAUUGUACCCACACAACGGAGAUAAAAACGUUUGGACAGUGAGUUUCACCGACUCUGCUUUGUGGGCCCCACAGCUCAAUGUCAAAGCAUCCACUGGUCACAAGCAGCAGCUAGCCCAUGGGUGCCCAGCCCUGCUCUGAAUGGGCCCAGGGGAGAGCCUGCGUGGAGAAGCCGCGGCUUGGAGGAAAACGGAGACGGCCGGUGGGCAGGGCCGUGGGACAGACGGGUGACCCCGAAACCACCAGCAGGUGUGAGGGCGGGCCUGUCUGGAGGGCCCUGCGGAGUCCCCCUUCCCACUGGCCGAGCGGCCUCCAGCAGCCUGGGCUUGGAUCUGCGUGCUGGCCCUGGCCGGCUGGUUUGCUGGGGGCAGCAGAGUCGUCGGGCCGGCCCUUGGGGCAGAACACAAAGCCGCCCAGCCGUGUCCACUGGAGCCCACGAGCCAGCGCCGACCUCGCUGUUGCUGGGAGGGCCCUGGGUGACUUACACGUUUUUGUGUUUCCUUAUUUAAAAGGACCAUGUGUCGGUUUUACAAAGGAAUUUACUUCGUAUCUAAA